ACGGCCUAGGCGCGCCCGUGUGGGCCGUUGAAAAAUGGCGACUGUUGCUGAGCUGAAGGCGGGUGAGUGCGAAUGGGAAGCUUGCCGGCUGAACUUUGUCGGCCUUCAGCCUGUGAAAAGGAUGGGACGAAAUGAGGUUUUAAAGGACACCUUGGAAAAAAGAGGAGUAUUAGGGCAUUUAAAAGCAAGGAUUCGAGCUGAAGUUUUCAAUGCUCUUGAUGAUGAAAGUGAACCUCGACCAUUAUUGUCUCAUGAAAACCUUCUAAUUAAUGAAUUAAUUCGGGAGUAUUUGGAAUUCAACAAAUAUAAGUAUACAGCAUCUGUCCUCAUAGCAGAAUCUGGUCAACCCAUAGUUCCAUUGGACAGACAGUUUCUCAUCCGUGAACUAAAUGCAUUUGAAGAAUCAAAGGAUAAUACAAUACCUCUUUUAUAUGGAAUUUUAGCUCAUUUCUUGCAUGGAACUAAGGAUGACAUCCAAAAUACAUUUCUGAAAGGGUCUUCACUUCAGCCUCCAAACCCAAAUCUUGGCAGACAACCUAAUGGAAGAAAGCAAAUGGAGGACCACCUACAGAAGGAGCAGGGGAGGAGCGCUAACACUGAAAACCUGCACACUUCUCCCACAAUGAAGAGAUGACAUUUCCAUGUGGGGCAUUUUUUAUAAACUUGUAUGCAUUAAAUAACUUAUUUAUCCUCCUAAUGUUACCAGAAUUCAUCACUAAUAUUUGUACUUUGUGGAAAUGUGAGUUUCUGCAAAACCUUUAGCCCCUUGUGUUUUACUGCAUUUGUGAAUAAAGGCUAACUCUGUCAUCUA